AUACUGCAUAGGACCUGCCGGGUUGCAGACUCCCACAUCUACACGUCGAGUUCAGUCCGCCCCACCCCAACACGUUUUCCUCCUACCGUCGCCGGCCACCGGCCGUCUCCACCUCCAGCCAGCCAUGUCGAAGUACGGAACCAUCCCCAUAUCCUCCUCCUCCUCCUCGGAUGCCCCGCCUCCCGGCUCCUCUCCGCUCGACUUCAUCUCCCGGGCCAAGGCCCGCGGCGCGUCGGCACUCGCGACGCGCCAACCCUGGCGUGAGCUGGCCGACCCAAAGGCCCUCGCCGUGCCCCGGGGGCUAGGGGACGCCUACCUCCGCGCCCGCGCCAACCUCGCGCAUUUCUCCAUGAACUACGCCAUCGUGGUCCUCGGCGUCGUCUUCCUCUCCCUGAUCUGGCACCCCUUCUCCCUCAUCGUCUUCCUCGCCUGCAUGGUUGCCUGGGUCUUCCUCUACUUCCUCCGCGACGUCCCGCUCGCUCUCUUCGGCCACACCAUCGGUGACGGCGUCGUGCUCGCCGUCCUCUCGGCCCUCACGCUCAUCCUGCUCCUGCUCACCGGAGCCACCGGCAACAUCCUCACCUCGCUGCUCGUCGGGCUGGUGCUCGUCCUGCUGCACGCCUUGCUGCAUCGCCUCGCAGACAGCAUCGACGAGGAGGCCGGACGGUGGUACACACCCGUCACACCGCCGCAGCCGUACUAGUCUUUUAAUUCUGAGCUGCUCCUUGUAAUUUCGUUGCUUCUUGGUCUGUGAAUUGUGUUCCGUAGAUCGCAGCACUCGUUAAUUAUUUUGUUGAGUUGUAUCCGUUCUUAAUCCACAUACGCACUUGCUCAUGAAUAAUACGUGCGAAAUAAGUGUUCGUGUUCCAUUUUUA